AACUAUACCUCUACAACAGUCGGUUUGCUCCCAUGCCCUACUUGCUCGGCGCCCAACACCUGUUCCAGGCUAAAAACUCAGGAUGUAAUUCUAGCAACAGUUCCUAAAUCAGGUACAACCUGGAUCAAAUCCCUCCUCUUUGCCACAGUUUUAUCUCACACCUCCUCAAAUUACGAUAUCCAACUCUAUUUCACAACUGUCAGUGCGCAAGAAUGUGCAUCCUUUCUAGAAAGCCACACAUUCAUAGACGAUCAAAUUCCUGAUUUAGACUUGCUUGCUUCCUUCUCCAACGCUCUUUUCAACCCACAUCCCAUUUCAUCUCCUAACAGCCUCUAUUACUCGUUCUGGAUGCAAAAUUGUGUACCUGCAAGCCUGGAAAGGCCUAAGGAGGUGGUGUUCACAAAACAUGAAGAUUUCAAGAAAGAUCCCAAAGCUGAGCUGAAGAGGUCAGCAGAGUUCACAGGAUACCCAUUUACUAUAGACGGAAAAAACCAUGGAAGGGUCUUCACAGAAGCAUGCUUUUUCAGGCGUGGGACAAUUGGCGAUUGGACGAACUACCUUACACUGGAGAUGGCUCGGCGGAUGGAUAAGGUUACAGACGAUAAGUUUAGAGGUUCUGGUUUGACUUUAUGAAGUGCAAAGAUUCAGUAUUGUUCUUUACAUGUAUAAUUUGGUACCUAUGUUAGUUUAUUA